AUGGGCAGUGAGAAAGCAUCUUCAUCAUCAGUUACUCCUACUGAAGAAUUUAAAGGGCACAGAGACAUCUGUGUUUUGGUUGUGGAUUGUGAUCCCACCUGCCUCAUGAUCGUUUCAGGAAUGCUCAGAGCCUUGACAUAUGAAGUUUUGACUGUUGAUCGAGCUGUGGAUGCUUUGGCAAUGACAUUAGAAGGAGGGUUUGGAGUUGACCUCGUUAUGACGGAGCUUCACAUGCCUGACAUGUAUGGACUCGACCUUCUUGAUGAAAUCAGAAGAACAUCCAAAUUGCCUGUUGUCAUUAUGUCUGCUGAUUCGAAUGAGGAUGUGAUGUUAAGAAGUCUUAGGAGAGGCGCUGAGUAUUAUGUCGUGAAGCCAGUUUCAAUGGAGGAUGUGACGGACUUUUGGCAGUAUGUCUUUAAGAGAAGACGACAGAAACUCAGUCUAGAAACUGAAAAGAAGGGGAGUAGUAAUGUAACUAUUGUUGAGGUUGUUGAAUCAUUCGAGGAAGAAGACGAAUCGGAUGGAGAUGAAUAUAGUGCGGUGAGUGAUGGGGAGAAGAGUUAUCAAGAGUCCACUGUAGAGACCAGGAAAGAAGAGGAGGAAGAUACCCUGACUUCACCCAUGCCCAAGAAGCCAAAGCUGAAUAUUGCUGGAAGCUCUGCCUCUGGAACUGCAGACAAUGGGUCGGGUUUGUGCACCAACCCCAUUGAAGACGAACAGCUCAUACCGCCCCCACAACCAUGGCUGCCGCCACCACCACAGGAGCAGGGAACAGAUAAGAAAUCUGAGGCUGAAACAGAAGAUGAUCAUGAGGGGUCUGAUAUGGCGAAAGGCGGCGACCAACUGUUCCCCAAAUAG